UUAUUCUAAUACAUACAAUAAUAUGCAAACAUGUUGCAUUAGACUUUCUAUACCAACAUAUAUACCAUCUCUCUACCUCUCUCUUAUAAAGUACUCUACCUUUUGAUUGCUCUCCCCUGUGAUUCAAAGGUGGACUUGUAUGUUAAAGUUCUCUCUCUCUCUCUCUCCCCUUACAAAGUACAAGUGUGAAACACUUUCAUCUUCUUUACUUUCAUUUUUCUCAAAUCUUUUUCCUCAUCACAUAAAGCACUAAUAUGUACAUACUGUACUCUCUCUCUCUCUCUCUCUCUCCACAUGCUCUACACUUUUUGUUAUUAUAAAGGGACCAUCCCUAGCUCCUUCGAAAAGCAACUACAAAUUGGCACCCACUUACAAAGUGAGACUAAGUGAAACAGCUAACUCUCUCUGAUCUUCUCACAAGCAGAUCACAAUGAAGCUUACUAUCAGACCCUCCUCACUAGUCCCUACUCCAAAACACAAGGCAACAUUCACCUGCUACACCCUCACUCAAUUACCAAUUGUAAACCCCAAUCAGAUGACCUUCACUCACAACCUUCCCAACUGGCAACAAUUGCUCAAUCCAGUUGACAUUAGAUCCCUAGCACUCACCCCUAUCACCUCCAUAACCACCACCACCACAACAUCUACUGCUGCCUCCUCCGCCGCAGCUGCCAAACAACCCAUUCGCAAAAAUUGGAUGGAGUACCAAGGCUUCAACAACUGGGAAGGUCUUCUCGACCCUCUAGACGCCAAUUUACGUGGCGAGAUUAUACGGUAUGGACAAUUUGUCGAUGCUGCAUACAAGGCGUUUGACUUUGAUCCGGACUCUAAUUCAUACGCAACAUGCAAGUACUCGAAAGCCUCCUUGUUUGAAAACUCCGGGCUUCCGGGAACUGGCUACCGGAUUACAAAAAAUUUACGUGCCACGUCCGGCAUCAAGCUUCCUAGCUGGAUAGAAAAGGCUCCGAGUUGGGUCGCGACACAGUCCAGCUGGAUUGGCUACAUGGCGGUAUGUCAAGACAAGGAGGAAAUUGCAAGGCUUGGAAGACGGGACGUUGUGAUUGCCUUUAGAGGUACAGCAACGUGCUUGGAGUGGCUCGAAAAUCUUCGAGCAACUCUCACCCAACUCCCGUCCGUACUUAAUAACUCAGGCCUGGACAACUGUGAACCAAUGGUCGAAAGUGGAUUUUUGAGCUUAUACACUUCAGGAACCGACUUAAUCCCGAGCUUGCAACAAAUGGUACGCCAAGAGAUUGCACGGUUGCUUCAAUCCUACGGCGACGAGCCUCUCAGCAUAACAUUCACUGGGCACAGCCUUGGCGCCGCGCUAGCAACGCUCGCAGCGUGCGACAUUAAAACUACGUUUAACCCGUCACCACUCGUCACCGUCAUGUCGUUUGCCGGGCCACGUGUCGGAAACAGUAGCUUCCGCCGCAACCUGGAUAAGAAGGGCGCAAAAGUUUUACGCAUUGUGAACUCCGACGAUGUAAUAACUAAAAUACCGGGUUUCGUAAUCGACGACAAUGAAAGGCGCCACAAGGCGUGCGAUGGUGGGUUCCGAAAGGCGGUAGAGUUUCAGAACUGGAUCCAGAAGAAGGUGGAGGACACGCAGUUGUCGUACGCGGAGGUUGGGAAGGAGCUCAGGUUAAGUAGCAAGGACUCGCCGUAUCUGAUGGGCACCAACGUGUGCACGUGUCACGAGCUCAGCACGUACCUCCACCUUGUCGACAAUUUCCAGAGCUCAAAGUGUCCGUUCAAAGCCACGGCCAAGAGAUUAUUCAGCAAAAAACACUAAUUAACUUUAACAAACCGUAGAGAGUAACAGCUGACGACAUCGUUUUAGUCAUCUUCUCUGUACAUACGAACGUAUUUCCCGCCAAAUUAGGGGCAGAGGGGGUCUCAAUUUUUUGUAAUUACAAAACGAGAGAAAUUAACUAAUUAAUCAUUGGUUUGUGUUUGACUU